AUGCCACUAGUCGACGUGCCUGACGCCAGGAUUGAUCCUGACGGUGUUUUCAAGUACAUAUUAAUAAAGGUAACAGAAAAAGCUUCGAAGAAAGAGAAACUGAUCGUACGUGGAUACACUCGCUGUGCUUAUCAUGGAGAUGUGUUGGACGAAACAGAAAAGGAACUUGGACCAGAUUACGAACUGUUAUGUUUGGGUGGGGGUAGAAUCAAGCAUGAGUCGAAAGAUCACAGCAUAUUGGUAUAUGGGUAUUCACAGGGUUAUGGCCCAGCAGACCACCAAAAAAGUGUCGAUAUCUUGAAAGAGAAAUAUCCAAAUUAUAAAAUCACCUUCUCUAACGAUGGAUAUUAA